AUGACGGCAAGCGGUAUGCUUUCCGAGGAGCUGCUUGGGCAGGACGGGGACAAAGCUGCGAUGCGGCAGGAGGCGAUCAAGAAGCAAGCCAUUCCAGUUUUGACGGGCAUCAGCCUCCUCACGGCGGUCCUGGCAGGUUGUUUACUGCUGCUGGCGCCCGAGCUCCUAACCAUGGGAGUGUUGGCCUACUGUCUGGGGCUCAGACAUGCUGUCGAUGCAGACCACAUCGCUGCGAUCGACAACGUCACUCGGAGGCUCACCACCGGGGGAAGGCGGCCUGUUACUGUGGGCUUCUUCUUCGCUUUGGGCCACUCGACGGUCGUCGUAAUCGUGUGCGCGCUGCUGGCGCUGCCGAGCCCGCAGGUGCAUGAAGCCGUGAGGAGAGCAGAAUCGAGUGGUGGUCUUCUUGGAGCUACAAUCUCAGGUAGUUUCUUGGUGACCAUCGCAGUCGUCAAUUUUUUCCUUCUGCGGCGGCAAGUGCAGUCGUGGAAAGAGCAAAGCAGAUACGGCGAGCACGAGCACACUGUGGCUGGCAUGUGCAUGACCUGCUGCCCGGGCAUGUUCAACGGAAUCACAGCUCCGUGGCAGAUGUAUCCUGUGGGUAUUGCAUUUGGCUUGGGCUUUGAUACCUCGAGCGAGGUUGCAGUACUGGCCAUGGUCGGCCUUGCACAUAGCCUUGCACACCCAGUUUUCAUCAUGCUCCUCCCGCUGAUGUUCUUGGCAGGCAUGUGUCUUAUAGACACCAUCAAUGGACUGCUUAUGGCUUUAGUCUACGGAUCUGGAGCCGACGGCAGCAUGCAGCGACUGUAUUACAACAUGUUCUUGACAGGAACAUCCGCUGUGAUUGCCUUGACCGUCGGGGCGCUAGAGCUACUAGGUGCUUUUGCGACACACGAAGGUCUCCACGGCACAUCAUGGAGAUUUAUCGUGGAGCUCAACAACAACUUCGAGAUAGUUGGCAUGAUCAUCAUCUUGUUCUUCCUGUCAAGUGCGGCCACAGCCUUUUGCUGCUUCAAGUUCGCUUUCCCCGGCGGCAAGGCCCCAGAGCCGGUACGCCAAGACCUUCUGAAAUACAUUCAGAACGGGGAGUUCAUCGACCGAUCGGGAGUUUGA